AUGACUGGCGAUGACUCCAAAGGAGGGGCAAGCAACUGCAAAAGCCAUUACAGUGAGGGCCACCACAGCAAAAGUCAUCAUGAUAAGAGCAGUAGGCCGGAGACAGGCACCAGGGCUACUGAGGACCUAUACGGCAUGGAGUCGGGGGCCAACAAAAAGAAGAAGCGCUGCCAUCAUCGUCCCAAGCCUAAGCCGAGACUCCCAACUGACUUCCUUGCCCUUCUGUGCUGGGAUUCUUGGCUCCCGUGGCCGAUUGAUUCCAAGAAAACCCAGAUUGACAAAACAUCGCGCAAGCACAAGAGGUCUAGGAAGAGAACAUCUCACUCGGGCACCUCAUAUCGUGUGCAAUCUUGGGUUCGGGAGGUGUCUUCUCAAGUGACACCCUCCGUUCCCACGAUACCGCCAACUGUGGCAUCUCUAGCACCAUCAGCUCCCCCUUCACAUUCAGUUUCGUCAUCCUCCGGGCCUCAUCAAGAAGCCGAGGCUGCAGAGGCUGCUUCGAAUAACGGGCGGACCAAGAAACAACUCAGUGCCAGUGCUAUUAAUCCAACACAGUGCUCAUCGACAUAG